AUGAGUUUUCAAUGGACAUUUCUGGCGACAUUUCUCUAUUGUGAAUUAGUCGUUGUCGUUAUUCUACUUUUACCAUUCAUUUCACCAGUUGUAUGGCAAAAAUUCUUCAAAUCAAGGAUUGCGAAAGCGUUCACAGCUGGUGCAAAGUAUUACUUCAAUUUUAUAAUAUGUAUAUUUACGCUGCUCUUUCUUGACUCAAUUCGAGAACUUCGUAAAUAUUCGGGCUUCGAAGUUAAAGAUUUGUCUUUACCACAUGCCGAAGCUCAUGCGCAUAUGAAACAAUUUCGUUCACAAAGAAAUUUCUAUAUUGCCGGUUUUGCACUCUUUCUCUGGUUUGUCAUACAUCGUUUGGUUAAUCUUUUAUCGUCAUGUGCACGUGAAAUGGCUGAUUCAGCUGCUGCACGCAAACAAGCCGAAGGUGCUCAUCGUCAUGUAGAAGGACUUAUGUCCAAAGAUCCCAAGAAAAUGGAUCCAAAGGAACUUGCUGCUUCAUCUGAUGCUUCAGGAAGAUUUAUUAAUCCAAAGGAGCACGAUGCCGAAGUCAGUCAAUUAAAGAAAGAGCUAGAAAAAGCACACGAAGAUAUGGACACAUUACGAGAGCAAUAUGACAACUCGGUCAGAGAAUUCGAUAAAUUAAACGAUGAGCAUCGUAAACUACAAAUCAAAUUGGCUAUCACAUCUGGUGGUAAUGAGGCAUCCAAAGACAAAUAG